CUUUCGAUCCUUCGCGAUGAGGUUCUCUCGUUUGUGCUGGAGAAAUACUUUGUAUUUGCUGAUCACGACUUCGUUACAUAUUAUUCUUGACGUUUUCGGAAUAAUGUUGGUUCGUUUCAUUUUCUGUGUGAUUGAAAAAUAAAAUGAGUUGUGCAUGUGUGCGCAUAUGUGCGCGCGCGCGCGCACGCAAGUGUGUGUAUGUGCGUGAAAAGGGGAAAAGGUGGGAUGAACCGCAAUGUCUUUCGAAUAAAAUACUCGUUUUUUGAGGAUCACGAAAGGUACAUUUCGAAUAGUUUAAAAUCUAAUGUUUGUAAUUAACAAUAAAAAUGCGUCUUUUACGUUCAAAACAGUUCGAGACACAAAAUUUUUCUCUGACUGCAAUUUUUUGGAUCUUAUGUUGUUCGUUUCUUUCGAGAGUGCAUGGGUUCUUGCGAAUAAAUCGACGCAAGUAACUCGUUUGGUUCUCUUGAACAAAGAACACAAAAAGCGGUGCGCAUCUGUGAAAUUGUGAGACAAUUCAUAGAAUUUAUUGGUAAGCUAUAGUCUCAAUUACUGUCGUGAAAUAGAACAGAGCUUUUGACGAUUCCGUGGAAGAAAAGGAAAGCUGAAAACACACGGGACAACGGACGUGUUGAUCGGGCAUGGGUUUGACGGAUACCAGUUUCGAGCUACUUUUGACCCUGUGGCGAGUCUUCGUCGUGGGAGUCCUGCGAAUCGAAGAGCCGCACGGUCAGUGUCGCGGUGUCUCGCCAAGCUGCAACAUUCACGGUGUCGCUUGUCGUUAGUCUGUCCUAGUGUGAUACCCGAUAUCUGAAAGAUGUCGUCGACUGUGGUAAAAAAUAUUGCGAAAGGUAACAAUGGCGACGUCAGAGAGACUUGGUCAGGGAAACUUGAUUUUUUACUGUCAGUUAUCGGUUUUGCGGUCGAUCUCGCUAAUGUGUGGCGAUUCCCAUAUCUUUGUUAUAAGAAUGGUGGUGGAGCAUUUUUGGUUCCCUACUGCAUAAUGCUGAUAGUUGGUGGUAUACCUCUGUUUUACAUGGAACUCGCACUUGGCCAGUUUAAUAGAAAAGGGGCUAUAACGUGCUGGGGUCGGUUAGUACCACUUUUAAAAGGUAUUGGAUACGCAGUCGUCUUAAUUGCAUUUUACGUCGAUUUUUAUUACAAUGUUAUUAUCGCCUGGUCGCUACGAUAUUUCUUCGCCUCAUUCUCUGGAUUGUUGCCAUGGACUACUUGCGAUAACCCUUGGAACACACCAUUGUGCCGCGAAUUUGAUGGAAACAUUACGUAUGCGUCGAAGGACAUAAUAGCUGACAAAGUGACCGAGAAUCUUGGAAACAUCACACGGUUUUUGAUCGAUCAAAGAUCAGAUACGAUCAUGACUAGUCAGAAUGCAGCAGAUAACCAUACAGUAUACACAAGCGCUGCUCAUGAAUAUUUUAACCGCGCUAUUUUGGAGCUGCAUGAAAGCAAUGGUUUACAUGAUCUCGGAGCUAUUAAAUGGGACAUCGCACUAUGCUUGCUUGUGGUUUACUUGGUCUGCUAUUUUUCUUUAUGGAAAGGCAUCUCGACUUCUGGCAAGGUAGUCUGGUUUACCGCUCUGUUUCCUUAUGCAGUUUUACUAAUUCUGCUGAUCAGGGGUGUUACUUUGCCAGGAAGUACUGAAGGGAUUCGUUAUUAUCUCAACCCCAAUUUCUCCGCUAUUACAAAGGCAGAGGUAUGGGUAGACGCUGCAACACAGGUAUUUUUUUCUUUAGGACCAGGUUUUGGAGUGUUGCUAGCUUACGCAAGUUACAAUAAGUAUCAUAAUAAUGUUUACAAAGAUGCUCUAUUGACGAGUUUGAUCAACAGCGCUACGUCUUUUAUCGCUGGAUUUGUCAUAUUUUCGGUGCUUGGUUACAUGGCACAUGCCAGUGGAAAAUCCAUUCAAGAUGUCGCCACGGAAGGACCUGGAUUGGUUUUCAUCGUUUAUCCUGCAGCCAUCGCUACUAUGCCUGGUUCAAUGUUUUGGGCACUUAUCUUUUUUAUGAUGUUAUUGACCCUCGGUUUGGACAGCUCGUUUGGAGGUUCAGAGGCAAUUAUAACAGCACUCAGUGACGAGUUUCCAAUAAUUGGCAACAAUCGUGAGAUUUUUGUUGCAUGCUUAUUCACUCUAUAUUUUUUGGUUGGACUUGCUUCGUGUUCACAGGGCGGGUUUUACUUUUUCCACUUGUUGGAUCGAUAUGCGGCUGGAUACUCUAUGUUGUUCGCCGUUCUCGCGGAAACAAUUGCCGUUAGUUGGAUUUAUGGAACGGAUCGAUUUUGCGCCGAUAUCAAAGAUAUGAUCGGCUUUUCACCUGGUAUCUAUUGGCGGGUAUGCUGGAAAGUUAUAGCACCUCUAUUUCUUAUGUUCAUCAUCGUCUACGGUCUAAUGGGUUAUGAACCUUUAACAUAUGAAGACUACGUUUAUCCGGUCUGGGCAAACAUAUUGGGUUGGUUGAUAGCAUGCUCUUCUAUCAUCAUGAUUCCAGGUAUGGCAAUUUACAAAAUCAUGAAAACACCUGGAUCCAUUAUUCAAAAAUUUAAAAUUCUGACGACUCCAUGGCGGGACACACAACAUCAAAGAAAUGAUUUAUCUUCAGUAGCAAAUGGUGCAAUUCGACGAAGUUUUAUAGCUGAGCAAGAUUUUGAAAUCACCAAAGAUCAUGAGUUAUCAAAGGAACAGACGGAGGUAAUGAUUCAACCUAGACAAAGCGUAAAGGGAUGUGAUCCUCCCCCUGAAUUAGUCUAGGACAGUACAAUUGUGAUUUUGCACGGUGCACGGUUUCAAGUGUAUCUUUGCUAAAGUAUAAUCACCGAGCAAAAUCCUAUAACAAUGUAUAAUAUUCACUAAUUAUAAUAGACAAGUAUACAUUUUUUGUACAGAUUAUAUUCGGAUGCAUUCCUAAUAUAAUUUUUCAACACCA